AGGACAUUUGCACCAUCAGAAAUGGUUUCCUUCAAAGUGAGCUGCUCAAAUUGUUAUGGAACAGUGAAAUACUCAUGGAGGGUUGAACGUAACGGGAGAGAGGUCCUGCCAGUGACCUCAUUGACACCACAAGCUGUGGUUGGCAGUGACGGAUCUCUCACGGUACCUGCCCGUACCUUAUUGCCAUGGGACAGCUACAACUUCAUUGUGCGAGGUACAAUCAACCCUUCAGGUGAAGCAAACUUUAGUGUUGGCUUUGAUGAUAUCCAUGUGUUCCUCAUGCCCCAAGAAAUCAGUAUAAAUGCAGAGAAUCCUCUCCUGUUCCUUGUACAGAGGAGCUCCUCCGCUGAAGAUUCGAUUCAGCUGACACUGGAUGGCAGAUACAUGUGUAUGUCAAACUUGUCAGUAAUAACAGCAGCAAAAAGAGCCACUUAUCCUCUUUCCUUCUUCAGCCUGGUAGAGGAAACUGACACUAUGGGUUACCAAGUCAUCAGUCAUCAGUUUAACAAACCAGGCAUGUACAACAUCACGGCAAGCACCAACGUCAGUGAUGAAACUUUCUCUUCAACAUUAACAGUCGGUGUACAAAAUACAGGAGGUUGCUCAAUGAGUGUCGAAAUCCUUGGUACUGGGGAGAGUUUGCUGACUGCUAAAGAGUACACUAUGAGUAAAGAAAUGCAUUUCACAUCGACGUACUCAUCUGUGUGUGAGGAUGUAACUGCUUUGUCUUACAACUGGACAGUAUCCCAAGACUUGAUAGGUGAUCCACAUAGAUGCAGGUUUGAAGAUGACUUUCAGAAGGUGACCCUGCCAGAGACCUCUGGGGUAUCACUUCAUAUCGCCAGCAAGAUACUGCCCCAGGGCUACAACCAGCUGUGCGUAGUGAUUGUCUUUAGCAUGGGAUCUGAUGAAUCCCAGAGUCGGCAAUGUGGUUAUUUGAAAAUGCUUGCAGAACCGUUAGUGGCGUCUCUGUCUCCAUCUGCAUCUUUCCUGACACUGCCAAGAAAUCACCCCCUUGUGCUGAAUGCAAGCACAAGCUAUAACCCCAACUCCCAGGACCAGUCAAACAUCAGUUUUUCCUGGUCUUGUACACAGAACGGAGGAUUAUGUGACUUCUAUGACACUGUUUGGCCAGGAGAGAGUGCAUCUAACACAUUGCCAGUCUCAGAAGCUGGUUUGACAAUACCACCUGAUCUGCUCACACUUGGGCAGACAUACAAACUGACUAUGGAACUGUCCAAGUCCGGAUUUGAAGGCUCAGCAGCAAAUAUCAGUGUCCUCAUCACAAACCCAACAACACCAUCCAUCUUUGUGAGGUGUGAAUUGGGCUGUGGGAUGAAGCUGAACCCAUCCGAGAACCUGGCACUGGAGGUUGUGUGUCUCAACUGUGAUGACAUUGGACUGCCCAUACAGACCUAUGAGUGGUCUGUCACCAGCACUUCCACAAACAUGCCUAUAGAUGCAGCCCAGCUUGCUGCUGCAACAACUACCGGCAUUCAUCAGUCAGUGUUCGUACUGUCGGCAUACUUCCUGAGUGCAUCAGAUGUUUAUGACAUCACAGUUACAGUAACAAACAGCCACUCUGAGGAAGGCAGCACAGUUUAUACUGUCGUCACCAACAGUCCCCCUGUCCCUGGAUCCUGCACCAUCUCCCCCCAGUCCGGCCAGGCCCUUGUCACCCACUUCACUGCAACAUGCUCCAACUUUCUGGACCAAGACACGCCUUUGCUGUAUAGGAUGUACCUGCAGAAUCAGGCUGGGGAAAAUGACAAGCUGCUGUACUAUGGCCAGGCAUCAUCAACCUCCCAGAUUACCUUUUCCGCUGGGCCGGAGAGUAGCAACUACACACACAACAUAUCCAUUCUGGUGUUCGAUUCUUACAGUACAAGCACGUCUGUCACUGUCUCCGUACAGGUGCUCCACCUUGAAGCAGGGAACGACACUGUAAGUGAGGUACUUCAUGACAUGGUCCAAAACUUGACUGUAACAACAGGCGAUCAUGAGGGAAAUCAAGAUAUUCUAAGAUUGGCUGAAAAUAUUGCUACUAGUCUCAAUGAUGAAGCUAGUGACACAACAGAAGAAAGUAUAGCUAACAGAUUGGAGACUCGAGAGAUUCUUCUGACAAAACUGUCCGAUGUGGAAGUUCAAAGUCAAGACUCCAUUGAACAGAUGACCGAUGUUAUCGGAGAACUCACAAUAACUACUGAAGAAGUUACAGAUACUAUGCAGGAACAAGCUGUGAGUGUUAGUGCUCGUCUGACAGAGAGCCUGGGAGAUAUAGCAGAAACAGCACCCACAGCGGCCAAAGUCAUAGCUAAGAAGCAGCUCCUCAUCCUGGAGAACCUCAUAGAGCUGAGUGUUCAUUCUGUGACGGAGCCCAUGCCAGCCCCAGGAUCGGGAACCAGCAGCCCACCAACAUCUCAUACAAUAGAAGAAAAGACCAAGCCAAUCCUUGAUGUGUAUGAGAAAAUCGGUGAUGCCAUGUUGCGGGGGAUACAGUUUGCUAAGGAGGAACCACUACAUUUAGAAUCUAAGAAGAUGUCUCUGGCGCUGGCCUGGAGUGAGGCAGAUGAUGACAGUGACAUGGAGCUGGCAGCCAAACUACAGGACCAAGGCAAGGAGGGACAGUUUACGAUUCCAAUCAAAUCCAGCCUCCAGAACAGCUCUGCGAACAGCACUAGUGUUGAAGCUGUCAAUGUUCAGGUACAGGUGAUGUCAAGUAAUCCUUAUGUUUGGGAUGACUCAGCUGAGGGCAUCAACUUCCCGAUUGUCAACAUCAUCAUGAAAAGCCGAGGGAUUGAUGGAAGGAAGAUACUCCUGGAGGACCUGAUGAAGCCAGCUGACAUCAUCAUUACUGAUAACACAACAGUCUCUGGGCAUACCUGGGCAAACGAGGAGCUUAAUGUAACUAUCAACAGCAACAACAUCAUUUCAUCAGACAGUAAAGCUAUAAAGAUCUACAGUAAUAGUUCACUGAUGGUCAGACUUACAAGUGUGAACACUUCUCUCACACUACAGGUAUUUGUAAAAAUUAACGAUAUCAUUUCCUCUAAUGAAAUAUUAGACUCUGGAUUUGACAUGCCACUUCCUCCCGAGAUGUUACUGAGGUCUGGGAACCUGACCCAGGACCCCGACCUGGUGUUCCUGCCCAAGAUGGAAGCCAGCGACUCCUACUAUACUGUAGGCUUCACCAUCAAGCCUGGCCAGAACCUGACCACAGAAGGGCUACAGAACGAGACGUCACUGAACGUGAGUGUGGAGACCUACAGUCUGACCUGCUCCUACUGGGACGAAGGGCUGGAGAUAUGGAGUACCAGGGGCUGUCUGGUCAGUCCAUUUACGACACUGGAAAGCCUGCAUUGUCUGUGCAACCAUCUGUCAGCAUUCUCAGGAGGUAUCUUUGUGGCUCCCAACACUGUCAAUCCCAUCACUGAUGCUGUUCUCUUCCUACAAUUCUUUGACAACCCAGUUGUUGUGUCAGCUGUUAUUGCAGUGUGGGGGGUUUACCUUCUUCUCCUCUACUGGGCUAGACAGAAGGAUAAAGACGAUUCUAAAAAGAUAGGAACCACGAUACUGGCUGACAAUGAUCCAAGGGACAAGUACGUGUACCUGAUCUGUGUGGUGACCAGCUGGUGGCCCAAGGCUGGUACCACUGCCAACAUCUUCCUGUACCUUCGGGCUCGAUACAGGCAGAGUGCUCGCCACAUCCUGGCAGACCCACAUCGGAAGCUGUUCACCCCAGGGGCUGAGAACUGGUUUGUCCUUACCACCAGCAGGAGACUUGGCAAGAUAAAAUCUGUUGUGGUGUGGCAUGACAAUAGGGGGAAGAACCCAUCUUGGUAUUUAAAGGAGGUGGUUGUCCGUGACAUCCAGACUAAGGAAGUAUGGCACUGUCUGUAUAAUGACUGGCUGGCUGUAGAUAGAGGACCAGGCUUCAUCCAAGUUGAAAUCCCAUCUCUCAACCAGGGCAGCAUGGAUCAGCAUCGACUGUACCGAUUCAUGCUGAAGUCCAGUCAAGACUUCCGGGACAGUCAUCUGUGGAUCAGCAUCUUUUCGAAGCCAGCCUACAACCAGUUCACGCGAGCCCAGAGGCUGACAUGCGGUCUGUCUCUCCUCAUCACCACAAUGUUGUCCAGUAUCAUGUUCCACGGGGUGCCUACAGACGAGCCGGAGGACCAGAUCCAGAGUGGCCAGAUAGUUCUGUCUCUCAGUGGAAUUGUCAUAGGAAUCGAGAGUGGUUUGCUGAUGUUCCCCAUCAAUACAAUCCUCCUUCAGUUCUUUACUCGGACAGCUCUUAAAGUAGCGCCAAAUUCUGAAUCUCCCCCAAAGGAAGAAGAUGAUAGGGAUGAUACAAAUAAAACUGGAAAGGAAGCGGUUCAUGAAGAAGACAUAGAGCUUGGUAUAUGUAACACAGAAACAGAGCCAGUGUCACAGGAAUCUAAGUGCAAAGAUCUGAAGUGCUGUUUUCAAAGACAGUCUUCUGAAAUGGUGAUUGAAUCUGAGUCAACUGGAUCUAAAGCAAAAAGGACUGAUACGUUGGAUUCCGUAAAAGCAGGCACAGAUGAAGUGGACCUAGCAAUGUCACGUGGAAGGAGUAAUGGCAGUACAGCAAAGUCAGUAGGAACAAAGAAAAAAGUGAAAAAGCCAUUCAGUUUUCCCUUGUGGUUCCUGUACGUUGCCUGGACAUUGGCCUUGGCUACCUGCAUCAUCUGCUCAUACUUCAUAAUGCUGUACGGCCUCAAGUACGGCUACCAGAAGAGUGUGGACUUUCUGGUGUCUUUCUUCAUUGCCUUCACACAGAGCGCCAUGAUCACUCAACCAAUUAAGGUGGUCAUCGUGGCAGCGCUCCUCACUCAAAUACUCAAGCGACCAGUGAAUUAUGACAGCUGGACUUCCAGUGAAGAUGCAGAGGAGGAGGUGGAGAAGUUGAAAGAGAAGGUGGCAGCACAAACUGCAUCGGAAGUGUCUGAUCAUCAGCGAUAUUAUACACCUCCUCUGUCCACACGAGCACUGCGGGAAAUUCGUAAAAGAAUCCAGCUUGAUAACCGUGCUAGGAUGAUACUGUAUGAGAUUUGUCUGUACUUCACCUUUGUGGCAAUAGUCUUACUGAUGAUCCACGGCCACAGGAACAUCAACAUGGCAUACAGGGUCACUCACACCACAGAGAAUAUGUUCACAGAGGACACAGGAUUUAGUGAGGUGGAUUGCAUAGACAUUUCUUUUAUGUUUCAGUUUUGUACAUGUUCCUAUCCAGCCAUUAUGAAGAAGUUUGCAUCCGUCUCCUGUACAGGCCCAUAUUCCAUGUCAGAUGAAGAGACUGGUCACUACAACACCUCCUGGUCCCAGCCUGUGUCCACCACUGACACAUCCACAAUGUACACCUACCGCUCUUCUUUCCAGCUGGUCACUAUACCAUUUGUUGGCAAGCUUGCCACCUACUCCGGUGGCGGCUACGUCCAAGAGCUGCCUAGAUUACCAGACAGUGCCAGAGGUGCCAUGGACGACAUUCAAAGUUCAGACUGGAUCGAUCAAUACACUCGGGCUGUGUUUGUGGAAUUCAGUCUCUAUAAUCCAAAUACUAACCUGAUCAGUGUAGUCAUCCUAGUGUUCGAAUUCUCCAACUUUGGAGGUGUGUUUCCAUACUACCAGAUCUUCACAUCAAAGCUCUAUCACUAUACUGGGGGGUUUGAACAGUUUGUGGCAGUGUGUGAAGCUGUGUUUCUCAUAUAUGUCAUUAUUUUCACAUACCUGGAAAUCAAGAAGUACAGACAGAUGUCUGCAUCUGAUUACUUCAAGGACACCUGGAGUUACGUUGAGGUCAUCAUCCUUACUCUGUCCUACACUGUGUUCGGGCUGUUCAUACAGAGGAUCGUCACUGUUGACUACUCCAUCAAACUCUAUAAAGAGUCCAUGGGACAGUCCUUUGUCAGCUUCUACCCUGCUGCUUCAUCUGACAUUAUCCUGCAGUAUGUCAUGGCAGCAUUGUCAGUGUUCAUCAUUCUUAAAUUCUUCAAACUGCUUCGAUUUAACUUAAGAAUGUCCAUCUUGGCUGGAGCUUUAAAACGCUGUAAAGGCAUCUUAUUUCAGUUUUUUAUCAAAGUUUUCUUGUACACAAUGGCCUUUUCAUGUUUUAGCCUGUUAGUGUUUGCCACUGAACUACAGGAGUACAGUAACUUUGGUGAAAGCGUUAUAACAUUGUUCAAUUUUGCUUUAGGAGCAUCAGAUUAUUUUGGACUUGAAUCAGCAAGUAAGACCUUAGGUCCUUUGUUCUUCUUUAUGUUUUCCUUCCUGUAUCAGUUCCUACUGAUCAGCAUUUUCAUCUCGAUUGUAAUGGAUGGCUAUGCAGCUAUGGUAGAGCAUGUUCUCUCACUGCACACAGAGGUGCACAUGGUGGAGUUCAUCUGGAGGAAGAUCAAGCUCCGCACCAUGACAGACAAGAAGAGGAAAAAUACUUAUCAGAAAAACCUUUAUAAGAUCCAGACCAGGAGGUGAAACUGUUGGUUCUUGUCAGUGGUUGCAUAAAACAGUCACGGCAUACGUGCUGCUUAUGAUAAGAAACAGUCACAUCAGCAAAUGAAACUAUUGAUACAUGCUGCUUGUGACAUGAAGCAGUCAGAUCAGUGAAUGAAACUAUUGAUUCUUGUGGCAUGAAGCAGUCACAUUAGCAAAGGGAGCUAUAUUGAUACAUGCUGCUUGUGGCAUGAAGCAGUCAGAUCAGCAAAGGAAACUAUUGAUACAUGCUGCUUGUGACAUGAAGCAGUCACAUUAGCAAAGGAAACUAUUGAUACAUGCUGCUUGUGACAUGAAGCAGUCACAUUAGCAAAGGAAACUAUUGAUACAUGUUGCUUGUGGUAUGAAGCACUCACAUUAGCAAAGGGAGCUAUAUUGAUACAUGCUGCUUGUGGCAUGAAGCAGUCAGAUCAGCAAAGGAAACUAUUGAUACUCUUCUGUUAUCCCAUGAAGCAAUGAGAUCAGUGAAUGAAAUUAUUGAUAUUUGUCGCUUACAAAGCAAUCAUCAAAUGCAACUAUGGACACAUGUUAGUUGUGUCUUUAAGCAUUAAGAUAAGUCAGUGAAGCUGUGUAUACUUGUGGGUGUUGUCCCAUGAAGCAAUCAGUCGGUGAAUGAAACCAUGUCACAUCACUAUUGACACUAGUUGUGCAGUGCAAAUCAAGUUUGAGAAAACUUCUUAAUCAUCACGUUUUUCAGAUGAAACAGGAGAGCUUGUUUGAAAUUGUUAUAGUUUUAAAUGUUGGAUUUUGCUGAAUCAUGUAUUUGGAAUAAAAGAUGUUGUUAGUUAAUAAAUCUAUAUUUU